AUGUCGGGAAAACGACUCCAAAGUGACCGUUUGCUGAGGUUGCCUCUCUUAAGGACGCCCUCCUCGGGUUCCGUCAACCAACGUUCCACAGACAUCUCCCAGCGGCUCGGGAAGACCCUCCAAUUACGUCGUAUCCGGUGUUCCACCUUGAUCGACAAUAGAACCAAAAUCCACCCGUUCAACUCAAGAGUCGUCCCUACGGCCGUCGAUGCAUGCAAGACUUGGUCUCUCACUAAAAGGCUGGCGCCCACGCUUCAUGUUUUUCCAGUCGGAUACCUGAACCAUCUGGACCAUCCGGACCGUGUCCCAAACGGUCCUAAAGUACUUGGAGUAGAACCGCGGCUCCUCCGCAUUGAGGUGGCUCGGGCCGGACGCCUCCCUGGGGAGGCAUCAGGGAUCAACAUGUCCCAGCGCCCUAAUAUAUGGCAGGAGAGUGAGACUCUGAUCAUGAUCAUAGACCACCACCAUGGACGUGAAGUUACACAAACGCCGUACGAGUCUGGGUCUGCUUCGGGGAACCGUGCCUGCAGUCCACAAAAAACAUUGAAUGAGGAAGGACAGCUGUUUCCUGCGGAGGUGGUUGGGCUCACCGCGAAGCCUCAGCAGCAUCGCAACAAGCUGAAACUGCCCUUCAGUCGUCUGAUGGAGGAGUUGAUGGGUCUCCUGGAUAGGAACUCCAGUGACAUCAAAGUCUCCUCGGCUGGCACAAAAGUACGAACUGGCAGGAAGUGGAAGGCUCAUGAGGCGGUAGACCAGGCUGAGUCCCGCUUACGACACAGUGAGCUGGUGGGAACAGUGGCUUCCGGACGGGCAGGCCUUGGGAGCAACCAAAGACCUCACUUCAACAAGGCCCAGGGAAAGGAAAGGUGUCAGCUGAUCCAGGAGGAAGUCCGAGCAGGGGUAGAGGAAGCCCGCCGAUGGGAGGAGGCAGCUGACCGGAAGAUAUCGUGGACAGAGCUGGGGCCAUCUCAGCCACACCGGAUUGAGUUCCUCAUCCGGUCGGUGUACGAUGUGCUCCCAAGUCCGUCCAACCUCUUUCGCUGGGGCUUGGCGGAGAAUCCACUGUGCCCUCUCUGCCGGAGUCCUGGAUCACUGGAACACAUCCUCAGCUGCUGCCCAAGGGCACUGGGGGACGGGCGCUACCGCUGGCGCCAUGACCAAGCAUGGGUCAUUGCAGAGGUCAUCAGCACAGGGAUCUCCACCAGUAAACACCAUCAACCAACAAGGUAGUCCAUCGUCUUUGUUAGGCCUGGGGAGAAGCCGAAGCAGUGCCGGACUCAAGCAGGGGGGCUGCUGGCGACAGCUCGAGACUGGCAGCUGAAAGGCGACCAAGGGAGACAGCUCAAAUUCCUGGAGAACACUGCAGUGACCUCUCUCAGGCCAGACAUGGUCCUGGUGUCAGAAACAACUCGGCAAGUGGUCCUGCUGGAGUUGACUGUUCCCUGGCAGAUGGAGGACCAGAUGGAGGAGGCCUUUGAGAGGAAGAGGGCCAAGUAUGAGGAGCUGGCAGACGCCGAACGCCGAAGCAGAGGAUGGAGGACCCGAUGCAACCCCAUGGAGUUCGGGUGCAGAGGAUUUGUAGGCCAGUCUCUCAUCAGAGCACUCAAGAUGUUGGGGGUGAAGAACAUCAAGAACAUCAAGAACAUCACUGACGCAGCAGAAACGGCGUCCUGAUGGCUGUGGAUCAAGCGGGGAGAUCAGUGGAGAACAAAAGCUACUUAG